CCGCCCGUCCUCCCUCUCUUCCUCCCCGGGCCCCGGGUCCCGGGUCCCGGGCUCCGGGCGACGCCUGCGCAGUGCGGCCGCGGGGCGGUCGCUGCCGGGCGCCGGCGAGCCGGGCCCCAGCGCCAUGGCGGAGGAGGUGAGCUGCCUGAUGAAGGCCACGGUGCUGAUGCGGCGGCCCGGGCGGGUGCAGGAGAUCGUGGGCGCCCUCCGCCGCGGCGGCGCGGGCAGCUUGCAGGUCAUUUCUGAUUUUGACAUGACCCUGAGCAGGUUUGCCUACAACGGGAAAAGGUGCCCUUCUUCCCACAAUAUUCUGGAUAGCAGCAAGAUCAUCAGUGAGGAGUGCCGAAAAGAGCUCCAAGAUCUCCUUCACCACUAUUACCCCAUUGAGAUUGACCCACACCGGACCGCCAAAGAGAAGUUACCUCACAUGGUGGAGUGGUGGACCAGAGCGCACAAUCUCCUGUGUCAGCAGAAGAUCCAGAAGUGUCAGAUCACCCAGGUGGUCCGUGAGUCCAACGCCAUGCUCAGGGAGGGAUACGGCACGUUCUUCAACACCCUCCACCAAAACAACAUCCCUCUGUUCAUCUUCUCCGCGGGCAUUGGCGACGUCCUGGAAGAAAUCAUCCGGCAGAUGAAAGUGUUCCACUCCAACAUCCACAUCGUGUCCAACUACAUGGAUUUUGAUGAUGACGGUUUCCUCCGCGGAUUCAAGGGCCAGCUCAUCCACACAUACAAUAAGAACAGCUCCGUGUGCGAGAACUCCGGGUACUUCCAGCAGCUGCACGGCAGGACCAACGUCCUCCUGCUGGGGGACUCCAUGGGCGACCUGACCAUGGCCGACGGUGUGCCUGGCGUGCAGAACAUCCUCAGGGUUGGCUUCCUGAAUGACAAGGUGGCCGAGCGGCGGGAGCGCUACCUGGAUGCCUAUGACAUCGUGCUGGAGCAGGACGAGACGCUGGACGUGGUCAACGGGCUGCUGCAGCACAUCCUGGGCCAAGGGGGACGGAUGGAGGCGUAGACCCCUGAGUGCCAACUGGCCGGACCUGCCGCUGGGUCGUGGACCACAGGGACCCCUCACCCCCAGGAGGCUGCCUGCCUGCAGCGGGGUGUGACUUUCCUCUGUUUAGGGAGCUAAGUCUUGGGCACCUGAGCAGUGGGGGACCCCCUCUUCCUGCCCCCCAGUGGCAGCCACUGUGUGUCCCUGGAGGCUGGAGGGGACCUGCGGGGGUGACCACUGCCCUACAGUGCUGGCACUUUAGAGGUGGUCUGGUCCAGACAUGCUCUGUUUUAGUUUGUGAACGUGAAUCGCUCUUCUGCCAGAUCAGCUGUGUGAAAACAAACCAAAAUAAAGGGAGAACAACGG